GUCGCCUCCCGCUGCGUGGAUCGCGGCCGGAGCCGCCAUUGUUCCGCCGAGGGAGGACGGCGGGGGCCCGGCACUGGCGCGGAGACGCCGCUUAGCGGCCGCCACUGGAGACACUCCCUCCCGCCGCCCCCCUCCUUCUGGCGGCGGCGGAGUGAGGCUCUGACGAGGGGGGAGCCGGGGGAGCACCCCCCCGUCCUCUUGGCAGCGGCAGCGGCCGAUCCCCGGCUCCGGCGCGAGGGGCGGCCGCAAUGCGCUCGGCCUGAGGCGGUCGGGCCCCGGCGCGUCCUCGCUUCCCUCGACUGUUCCACGGCGUCUCAGCGGCCCGGCGUCAUCCUGUGAGUCCCCCCGCUCCCCCUGACGGGGAGGGAAGAUGGCUACACGGAGCUGGCUGGACGAGCUGGCCCAGGAGGCCGAGGACGGUUCGGCCCGGCUGCAGGAAAUGCUCUCGGUCGGCCUGGGCUUUCUGCGCACCGAGCUGGGCCUCGACCUGGGGCUGGAGCCGAAGCGGUACCCGGGCUGGGUAAUCCUGGUGGGCACGGGCGCGCUCGGGCUGCUGCUGCUCUUCCUGCUCGGCUACGGCUGGGCCGCGGCUUGCGCCGGCGCCCGCAAGAAGCGGAGGAACCCGCCCCGCAAGCGGGAGGAGGCGGCGGCGGCCGCGCCGGCCCCGGCCGCUGACGACCAAGGCGUGCUGAAGAAUUUCAGGAGCGAGGAGCAAAAGAAGAAGAACCGGAAGAAAUUGCCGGAGAAGCCCAAACCAAAUGGACGGACCGUUGAAGUGGCUGAGGAAGAAGUUGUCCGAACUCCUCGAAGUGUAACAGCAAAGCAGCCAAUAGAGACAGACAAGAAAAAUGAAAAGUCAAAGAAAAAUAAGAAGAAAUCAAAGUCAGAUGCUAAAGCAGUGCAAAACAGUUCACGCCAUGAUGGAAAGGAAGUUGAUGAAGGAGCCUGGGAAACUAAAAUUAGUCACAGAGAGAAACGACAGCAGCGUAAACGUGAUAAGGUGCAGUCUGAUUCUGGUUCAUUGGAUUCAACUAUCCCUGGGAUAGAAAAUACCAUCACAGUUACCACCGAGCAAGUUACAACUGCAUCAUUUCCUGUUGGUUCCAAGAAGAAUAAAGGUGAUUCUCAUCUAAAUGUUCAAGUUAGCAACUUUAAGUCUGGAAAAGGAGAUUCUACACUUCAGGUUUCUCCAGGAUUGAAUGAAAACCUCACUGUAAAUGGAGGAGGCUGGAAUGAAAAGUCUAUGAAACUCUCCUCACAGAUCAGUGCAGGUGAGGAGAAGUGGAACUCUGUUUCACCUGCUUCUGCAGGCAAGAGGAAAACCGAGCCAUCUGCUUGGGGUCAAGACACUGGAGAUGCUAAUGCAAAUGGAAAAGACUGGGGAAGGAGUUGGAAUGACCGAUCAAUAUUUUCUGGCAUUGCUGCUUGGUCUAGUGUGGAUAGGGGAAUGAAUACCUCUGAACAGAAUUCUGCUUCUUUUGCAUCUCUCACACUUAACUCUGCUGUUUCUGGAUCUACUGCUGAGCCAGUUUCUCAGUCUACCACUUCUGAUUAUCAGUGGGAUGUUAGCCGUAAUCAACCCUAUAUCGAUGAUGAAUGGUCUGGGUUAAAUGGCCUGUCUUCUGCUGAUCCCAGUUCUGAUUGGAAUGCGCCAGCAGAAGAGUGGGGGAACUGGGUAGAUGAAGAAAGAGCCUCACUUCUGAAGUCCCAGGAACCAAUUCCUGAUGAUCAAAAAGUUUCAGAUGAUGAUAAAGAAAAGGGAGAGGGAGCUCUUCCAACCGGAAAAUCUAAAAAGAAAAAAAAGAAAAAGAAGAAGCAAGGUGAAGAUAACGCUCUUGCACAGGACACAGAAGAAUUAGAAAAAGAGAUUAGAGAAGAGCUUCCAGUGAAUACCUCUAAAGUCCGUCCAAAACAGGAAAAAGCUUUUUCUUUGAAGACCAUAAGCACUAGUGAUCCAGCUGAUGCACUAAUCAAAAAUAGCCAGCCUAUCAAGACUCUUCCACCUGCUAUUUCUACCGAGCCAUCUGUUAUUUUAUCAAAAAAUGAUUCUGACAAAAGCUCUUCCCAAGUGCCACCGAUGCUACAAGAAACAGAUAAAUCCAAGUCAAAUACUAAGCAAAAUAGCGUGCCUCCUUCACAGACCAAGUCUGAAACUAGUUGGGAAUCUCCCAAACAAAUAAAAAAGAAGAAGAAAGCCAGACGGGAAACGUGAAUUUUUUUUCUUCCUGAAUUGGACAUGUGUUUGCAAACACUGUCUUGAAGAUUAUGCUGUUUAUGCAAUAAUUUGUGAACAUGUACAGAGUUUUAUAUAAAUUUAAACCAGUUUUUAAAACAAAACUGUGAACACGACCACCGUAAAAAUGGAAUCAAAGGAAAGUUAAUUUAUGAAAUUAAGAGGUCAGCAGAACAUGCUGCAGCGCUGGAAGACACUUGGGAAGGCCACUCUAACAAGAGCGAUCUUAAGGUUAUCAUCCUGGUUUUACAGCAGUGCCCUGUUUACAACAGAUGUGCCCUAUCUCAUCUGCAGCUAAGGAAUAAAGGAUUCUGAUUAGAGAGAAGGCUGCCUACAAACUAGGAGGCGGCUUCUUGGAUCUUAUGCACGGAACUUAAACCAUUUGAAUCUGUUUUAUGCUUAAAUCAAAGUGCUUUGAUCAAAUGCAUAAUCUGCCAUAUCUUUACAUAUUUGUUGGUAGCAAUUUGUAUUAAAGAAAUCACAAGUGCAAAUAAAAAGUCAUUUAUUAUUUAACUAAACUGUCAUGGUUUAGUUUACAAUUUUUAAAAUGUUCUUAAAACAUUCAAAACGCAGUUGACACUUGUAUGGCUUAUGAAGUUAUUUUUUGAUAGUCUUACUUUACUUGAAUUGUUCAAAGUACAGUAUAUUUUAAGUUAAGAAAGGUAAACUCUAUGUAUUUGUUUUAUACUUUUAAGGUUCCAACUCACAAAUAAUGCUCUUGUGUAUGAUUUGAGAACUUUCAGGCAAAAUCCAACUUAUAUUUUUUUCCUUUCCCUAGCAAUUACUUUUUCCCAGCAUCAAUUCUUCUUUGUUACUAAUACUUUUUUGACUUUACAAGUGAAAUCUUUCACAAACUAGUUAUACAGACAGAACUUUGAGUACAUGAUGGAGAAUGAAAAACUAGAGUCAGACAGCUUUAAUUGACAUUGUCAAGACCUCCAGUUAUCAGGAAUACAUUUUUUUACUGCCUUAACCUGUAGUGCGUAGAAUAUGCAUCAAUUUCUUGAAGGGGAUUCGUGUUUUUAUAAGAAUUUUCAUGUAAUUAUUGCAAUCGUGAUCAAAUAAGGAACGUUUCCUGCUUGAAACUGUAUUGAUUUAAAUGAUGUGUGAGACGUUUCACCGUUUUCAGGCACUGUGUAAUUCUAUUGUAAUAAACUGGCAGGUAUCUUUGUAACUAUAAAUAGUGCAUGCUCAGCCAUGUACACUGUAAAUAGCCUUUACCAAACGUGUUUGACAAGGACCAUAAUUAACAUCACUUAGUGAAUUGUGAUAAAGAAAAAAAGCCAUGACUUAUUUGAUGUGAUUGGCUUAAUUGUUUUUCUGUGGCGCCAGAAUGAAACUGUUUAACAGCUGUAACCAAUGGUACUGAUCUAUCCAUCCAGUUCUGUCUCUUCUAUUUGAUUGUGGUUUGAUAGUAUUGCAUUGUCACACCGGAAAGCUAAAGAAACAGAAUGGUUUCAGUUUUGCUGAAGACUGGCCUUAUUAAUGGACAGCUUUCCUAACAAGCGAUUAUUAACUUUUAUCAGGUGUUAACAUCUGUUUCAGGAACACGGCAGUAUGUUUACAUGUCAGAAGUUUUGUUUAAUUCUAUGAUAUUUCUAAAUUGAUUUGUUUAAAUAAAUUCAACAAAUGGA